CUCCAUGGCAACGGCUGUGGGGGCCGCCAUGUUGGCGGACGGGUCGGCGCCCGGCGCCGCGGUGCCGUCGCUGUGGAGAAGCGGCCGGAGCCUGCGCUGCGAGGCGAAAAGCUGCCAGACUGGGAAAAUUUCAACAUCAGAAGCUGCAGUACAGUCGCAGACUAGUCAGGAUGCCAGUGUACAAACAGAUCAAAGUAUAGAUGCUGCCCAAGCUUUCCAGCAAGAAGUCCAAGUAGAUUACACUAGCCUUCUACUAUUCCUUCAGAGAGUGGAGGAUGUUGUUAUCAAAGAGCUGAAUAAAAACUGGACAAGCCGUGCCUUUGAUGGCUUUGAAGUGAACUGGACAGAUCAGAAUGAAACAGUGCUGUGUUUGCAUACAUUGUCAUACCCCGAGGCUCAGAAUCAACACCUGCAGGUUACCAGCGUCUCGUGGAAUGCAACUGGAUCCGUUCUUGCAUGCUCGUAUGGCCGGUUGAAUGAUGGGGACUGGAGCACAGAAAAAUCCUACGUUUGUACCUGGAAUCUGGACAGACGAGGGCUGGAUCCACAGCGCCCUGACCUAGUGGUGGAUGUUCCCAGUUCUGUCCUGUGCCUGGCUUUCCAUCCCUCCCAGCCUUCACUGAUAGCUGGUGGCCUCUUCAGCGGGGAGACGGUGGUGUGGGAUACCAGCAGAAGAGACGACCCUUUGAUCUGGAGGACAGGGCUGACUGAUGACACUCACACCGAUCCCAUCUAUCAGGUGGACUGGUUACCUGAUGCCAAGCACAGCAACCACGUCCAGCUGCUGAGCGUGUCGACGGACGGAAAGGUGCUGGUGUGGAGGGAGGAGCGCGAUGGGCGGCUAGCCUUGGCUGAAGGGUUUGCGCUGGUGGCUCAGCAGAUCCCUCGUAGCGCUCAGCUGAAGAAGCUCACGUGGGGAGAAGUGGCUGUGGGUGUGACCUCGCUCUCCUUUUCACACUUUGAUCCCCGCGUGUUCAUUGUUGGCGUGGAAGGCGGCUACUCACUGAGGUGCUCCAUGGCAGCAGAGACGCCGGCUCUCCACCAGAGAGGUUCCUCAGUCCUGCUCAGGGCGCCAGCAGAGCUCGCCUUCUCCCCCCACGGUGGGCCAGUAUACUCCGUGAGCUGCUCCCCCUUCCACAGGAAUCUCUUUCUGAGCUGUGGGACUGACGGACAAGUUCACCUGAACUCCAUGCUGCAGACACAACCCCUCCUUUCGCUUCAGUUGUCCAAGAAGUACCUCUUCUGCGUACGCUGGUCUCCAGUUCGGCCACUGGUCUUCGCAGCUGCUUCUGGGGAAGGAGAUGUGCACCUGUUUGAUUUUGCAAAGAGCUCCCAGAAGCCUGCUGUUUCCAUAAAGCAGGCUGCGGCUGAAUGCCCCGUGUACUGCUUGGAAUUUAACAUCAAGCAAACUCAGCUCUUGGCAGCAGGGGAUGCUACCGGUACAGUCAGAGUCUGGCAGCUGAGUUCUGACUUUACCGAGCAGGGACCCAGGGAGGUGACUCAUCUGGAGCAGCUGGCAAGCGAGGCCACAGACUGAAACACUGAAACAGCAAUGGAACCAGCUGCGGGGAGCUUGUAACUACUCUGACUCCACAAAAAGCUCCCAUUCACCUGUUCCACAGCCUUGGCCUGCAAAACAUGUAACUAUGGUCACAGCUGGAGUUUCAUCCACAUCAGUUAAAUUUGCAUUUAACCAUUAAACACGAGAUGAUGUGGUUCGACCA